AUGGCUCCCAAGAAAUCGGUCAAAGAUAUCUACGACAUCCCAAGCGACGACGAAGACGACGAAAACACCCCGCUGGUCAAAGCCAAGACGCAUCAACGUCCAAUGCCACCGAAAGCUCCUCCGUCGCGCACCGGCGCAUCCAAAGAUGGCCUCGUCGUUAGCGACAGCCAAUCUGAAGGCGAACAUCCACGUCCUGGACCCAAGCGGUCCGCUAGACAGAGCUCUAGGCUCGUCAUCGAGCUACCCCAGAGAAAGGCGCCUCCUUCUGACGUAGAGAUUGUGGACGUGGACGGCGAUCAAAACCACAAUUCACCCGUCGACCGGGUCAAAAAGAAGAGGCCAGCGCGCAACUCUACAUCCUCGUCCAAGUUCGUUGACAGAGGGGACAGCAGCACCCCUCUAGAGUCUGAUGACGAGGCAGACGGACAGCAGGGAGGCAGAAUUACUGCGCGAACCUUUACGGCCCAUCUUUCCGUCGAGAUGGUCGAGCCAACCAGAGAAUUUCUCAAGGCGCUUCCCGAUCACAAGUCGCGGGCUCAUACUUGGGUUCGAAAGUACAAGACCGGAGCCGUCAACAUGGACAUUCUCAACAAUGAGAUCCUUCCCUGGGUCCCUCGCUCCGAGGACUGGACCGAGGAAGACCACAAGAGAAUUCACCGCAAGUGGCGCGAUGACCCAACACGGGAUAAACAGAUUGAAACAAAAACAAACAAAGACAUUCAAACGCUGACCAAGACGUGUUUGCUCUUCUUCCGCUGUUUACCCGAGCAUAUCCUGUCCAGAAACGACAUGGAAUAUGACUUUGGGCAGAAUAGCACUUCCAAAGAUGGGGAGCAAACCCUUAUCUGGAGUGCUCCUUUUUGCAAGGAGAUGCAUGCUCUCCUUCCGCAUGCCAUGUUUGCGGGAGACACCAAGCUGUUGGCUACGGCCCUGCAGUACGUCGUCAUGGUCGAGACUGACGAUCGCAGGUGCUGGCCCAUGGCAACGCCUGUAUGGGACGAGUUUCCCAAGCAGAUGCAGGCUCUGUCUCGCGACCAAAGGACCUCCCAGUCCCGUAGAAGCAUCGUCGAGAUUCGAAAGGAGGUCAAGAGCAAUGGCCAGCAGGCUGGAUAUGCUCCAUCUCAUUGGAACAUGCUUUUUGAGCGCAUUGAGCAGCUGCUCGAAAAAGCGGCAAAGAAGAAGACCAAGAGCCAGAUUCCCGACAGGGCGGGAACCUUGAGCGAAGAUCCGUUCCAACCCUACAAAGUGCACAAGCGGCAUCUUGUCUGUUUGAGGGAGGCCUUGGAUCAAAUGGGUCCCUUUGGCUUCCCCGCUUGGAUGUCUACAACGCUAACAGCCAAAGCCGUCAACGGCUCCAGGCCCAACGAUACGUUCCCUACCGGCAAAGACUUUUCCCAGGUCCGUGACCGAAUGUAUCUCCACGACUUGGAGCGAAGCGCCCAUCAAGCAAAGCUGGCUGCCAUAGCCCAGGCGCAGCCGCCGUCCGGCUCCCAGCAGGCGCAGCCACCGUCCGUUGCCGAGGCCGCGACGCCCUCGCAGGUGGUUGUGCCAGCAACCCAGCACAUCUCCAAGCCCGGUUUCAAACCAAACUCGACCGGGAGUACAAAGAGGCGUCAAUCGGUGACCCGGUCGCCGCAGAGAAAAAGACAGAGACAGAACCAAUCUCGGUCACCCUCGAGAAUUCCGGAUACUCAGACGCAGGCAGCUAGGCCAAGCAAGGACCGUCGCGUCAUCCGGGCUGAUUCAGGCCACGUUGAUCACGCAAAACAGCCGGCUGAGCCAGAAGCUCAUACAGAGGAGCGGCAUGAUACCUCCAAGCAUCAAGAAAAGCAACAUGUCAUGCAGGAGCAUGAUCCCCAGCAAGUCGUGCAGUCAGACAGCGGGGAAAGGCACGGAGAUGUUCCCGUUGCAGAGCCCGACAACGCAGGUGCUGGUUCUUCACCUGCACGACUUGGAGAGGCUGAAAACAAUCAGCUCUCAGCCCCGCAUUCGAGCGUUGCUGAUAUGCCGGAGCUGAACUUCCCGAGGACGUAG